AUGCAUCCCUUCUACACCCGGGCCGCCACGAUGAUAGGCGAGAUCGCCGCCGCCGUGUCUUUCAUCUCCAAGUUUCUCCGCACCAAGGGACUCACGAGCGAGCGACAGCUGCAGACCUUUAGCCAGAGCCUGCAGGAGCUGAUGGCAGAACAUUAUAAACAUCACUGGUUCCCAGAGAAGCCGUGCAGAGGAUCGGGUUACCGUUGUAUUCGCAUCAACCAUAAAAUGGAUCCUCUGAUUGGACAGGCAGCGCAGCGGAUUGGACUGAGCAGUCAGGAGCUGUUCAGGCUUCUCCCCAGCGAACUCACGCUCUGGGUUGACCCCUACGAAGUGUCCUACAGAAUCGGAGAGGAUGGCUCCAUCUGUGUGCUGUACGAAGCCUCACCAGCAGGAGGUAGCACUCAAAACAGCACCAACGUGCAAAUGGUAGACAGCAGAAUCAGCUGUAAGGAGGAACUUCUGUUGGGCAGAACAAGCCCUUCCAAAAACUACAAUAUGAUGACUGUAUCAGGUUAAGAUAUAGUCUAUGGAUGCAUCAUCUUAUAAUGGAUGGAUAAAUUUGAUUUUUGUUUUGGGUGGGCUCCUCUUGGGGAUGGAUUAUGGAAUUUAAACCAUGUCACAGCUGUGAAGAUCUGGCACAAGAUAGAGUGGUAAAAAAAAAAUUUUUUUAAGUGACAGUGCCAUAGUUUGGACAGUACUUUUCAAUGAUUUAAUAGCCUGUGAGUCCAAGUAAAUGAUCACUUUAAUUGCUAGGGAGUGAAGUUCUAGGGUGGUUUAGUUUCUUCCAGACGUUAUUAUACCUAAUUUUUACAUCAGUCCCUUUAAACGCAAAUCUGUGUUUCAAAGAACCUUUCUCUGCAGUAGAUCUUGCAGAGGAAAUUUGCACUAUUACACUUGAAAAUUGUUAACCUUUUUGGCAGCUCAGUAGGAAAGCUCAAUGUUUUAAACACAGUAGUACUGGAAAUUUUAUGACAAGACUUUUACCUAGCACUUAAAUAUGUAUAAAUGUACAUAAGACAAACUAGUAAGCAUGACCUGGGGAAAUGGUCAGACCUUGUAUUGUGUUUUUGGCCUUGAAAGUAGCAAGUGACCACAAUCUGCAAUGGCAACAGGCUUUAAAAAAGACCCUUAAAGACACUGUCUCAACUGUGGUGUUAGCACCAGCCAGCUCUCUGUACAUUUGCUAGCUUGUAGUUUUCUAAGACUGAGUAAACUUCUUAUUUUUAGAAAGUGGAGGUCUGGUUUGUAACUUUCCUUGUACUUAAUUGGGUAAAAGUCUUUUCCACAAACCACCAUCUAUUUUGUGAACUUUGUUAGUCAUCAUUUAUUUGGUAAAUUAUGAACUGGUGUAAAUUUGUACAGUUCAUGUAUAUUGAUUGUGGCAAAGUUGUACAGAUUUCUAUAUUUUGAAUGAGAAAUUUUUCUUCUCUCUAUAAUAAAUUGUUUCUUAUCUUGGCAUUUUAA